AGUCAAACUCGACCAUUUACUAAAGAACAUACUAGUAGUUAGUGGAAGUGUUCAUUUAAAUUUUAGUUUUUUAUUUGAGGUUUUUGCGGUUUACACAAGUGUGUGAUAAGAAUUUUGUCCAAACAAUAUUCUCUGUCUUUUCCAACAUAGUAUAAAUACAUAUUCGGAUUUCAAGUGCAGUUUAAAUUCAUUUUGUAUUUAAAAGUGAUUGAACUAAAAUUUCGGUGUCAAAAAUACAUAUAGUAGAAUAUAAUUUGUGCUGUAAUAAGAAUUAUUUAAGAAAAUUAAAUUAUACAUAAACGAUAAAAUGGAAGUGCCACCACCAUUAGUUUUGAAACGUUCAUUAUAUGUGCCCAAUAAGACUUUGAUGGGACCAGGUCCUUCAAAUUGCUCACAAAGAGUUUUGUCCUCUUUGAGUAAUCCAGUUUUGGGACAUUUACAUCCGGAAUGCUUACAGAUAAUGGAUGAAAUAAAAGAGGGCAUCAAGUAUAUUUUCCAGACAUUAAAUGAUGCCACAAUGUGCAUUAGCGGUUCCGGUCAUGCCGGCAUGGAGGCCGCUCUAUGCAACUUAAUCGAGGAUGGUGAUAUUGUUCUACUGGCUAGUACUGGUAUUUGGGGUCAUCGUGCCGCCGAAAUGGCAAAACGUUAUGGUGGUGAUGUACGUUAUGUUGAGGGACGCUUUGGUCGUUCGUUGAGUAUCGAUGAGAUAGAGUUUGCCAUGGAAGGUCAUAAACCACAGAUAUUAUUUGUAGCUCAAGGUGAUUCAUCGACCGGCAUUUUGCAAUCGAACUUGAAAGAGAUUGGAGAAUUGUGUCGUAAACACAAUUGUCUGUUUGUUGUUGAUACGGUGGCUUCAUUGGGUGGCACUGAAUUUUGUAUGGAUGAGUGGCUGAUUGAUGUGGCCUAUACGGGCUCGCAAAAGGUACUCGGUGCCCCGCCUGGCAUUACGCCCAUUUCAUUUAGCAAACGUGCCAUUAAACAUGUGGUGGAACGCAAGACUAAAGUAAAGGUCUACUAUUUCGAUGUGCUCCUAAUUGGCCAAUAUUGGAGUUGUUUUGGUUCGCCGCGCAUCUAUCAUCAUACAAUUUCCUCUACUCUCUUAUACGGCCUAAGGGAAGCGUUAGCUCAAUUUUGUGCUCAAGGUCUGAGGGAAGUCAUACAUCGCCAUCAACAAUGUUCGUAUCGUUUGCAGCAGGGCAUUAAGGAGCUAGGUUUGGAAAUGUUUGUGCCAAAUUCCCGAGAUAGAUUACCGACUGUUAAUACAGUUAAAGUGCCAGUGGGUAUUGACUGGCGUAAAGUUGCCGACUAUACCAUGAGAAAAUAUAAUCUCGAGAUAAGUGGUGGUCUUGGUCCAACAGUUGAGCACGUAUUCCGUAUUGGUCUUAUGGGUGAAAAUGCUACAGUUGAACGUGUCGAUUUGGUGUUGAAUGUAUUGCAUGAAGCCAUUCAAAGUACGAAGUUAAAUAAUAUUAAUGAAAAAUCUAAAAUUUAAUUAAUUAUGCAUGUAAUUGUAAGAAAUAAAAGAUCAUAAGAAUUAAGAGAAA